CUGCAGUCAGCACCGCCCCGAGGGGCCGUCCGGGGCGGAACGGCCCCCCAGCGCCCUCCCCGGCCCAGGCCAUGACCCCCGCUGCUCUCUCUUGCAGGCUGGUUGCCGCGACCACCCGAGUCCGGCCGCCACCAGCGCCCGGACGGGCCCCGCGCGCCCCGUGUGCGGCUCCGCAGUGAGCCCACCCAAAAGCGACCCACAAGUAUGUGCUGAACCUCCAUUUCCCAGUAUCAGCAGCAGACAGCACACCCUGCCCUCAUCGUACGCCUGCCCUGUGCCAUGCGCCACUCUUCUCUGGAGUAUUUUACAGCUGAGUCCUGACAUUGAUUGAUCUGUGAGGACUCCAUCGCAGGCGGAGGCGGAGGCGUCGACAUGGGGCUUAAGCUGUCCUGUCUGAAAGGCUUUAAAAUGUGUGUCAGCAGCAGCAGCAGCCACGAUGAGGCUCCUGUCCUGAGCGACAAGCACCUGGAUGUGCCCAACAUCAUCAUCACCCCCCCGACCCCCACGGGCAUGAUGCUGCCAAGGGACUCCAGGAGGACAGUCUGGCUGGAAGAGACGGGGUCAUGUCCGGAGGAUGGAGAAAUAGACCCUGAAGCCUGAGAAGGAAGAACAGGUCUGGGAUUUGUUGGCUCUGGCUCUGGCUCUGGUCAUCCCUCGUUCCACGUGUCCCCGGUGCGAUGUAGCCGCCUGGGACAGAAGUGCUGAGUAAGCCGGAUGGGAGAGUGAUUUCAGCACCUGACCAGGAGAAGUGUGGCAAGAUGAGCCAGGGACCAGCCCUGCACGCUUGCAGACUACACAUUCUUGCUGACCCCAGGGCCAUGGUGAUGGCCAUCAGGGUGCCAGGGAGAGGCUCUCUUCUGGACACACACACACUCCCUGCACCCUGGACCACGCAGACGGUGCUCAGGAGAUCAGCACACACAAGAACUUCUUGGAAAGGAGUGGCUACAUUUUUUACAAGUUGUUUUACAGAUCUCAAAACAGUCCAAAAGUGAUUUAUAAUUUUUUUUGCAUUAUAAAUAAAGAUCCUCUGUAACGAA